AUAUUUGGCGGAAGCUGCCAUAUUUUCAACUCAUCACAACGUGAGAACAACGACAUCGUUUGGUGAAAUCGGCGGAAUCCAACGCAAAGAUCUCGUUUGGAGCUGGAAUAGGUAUUUGUUGUUUGUUAAAAGAAAGCAAUAGCACGAUGUCUGUUCAGCCCAACCACACUGUGUACAUCAACAACCUCAAUGAAAAGAUUAAAAAGGAUGAACUCAAGAAGUCCUUGUAUGCCAUCUUCUCCCAGUUUGGUCAAAUCCUGGACAUAGUGGCUCUGAAGACCCUGAAGAUGAGAGGACAAGCCUUUGUGAUUUUCAAAGAUAUCAACAGAGCUGCUAAUGCUAUGCGAUCAAUGCAGGGAUUCCCCUUCUAUGACAAACCCAUGAGGAUACAGUUUUCUAAGCGAGACUCCCAUGUGAUUGCGAAGAUGAAGGGGACAUACGUUGAAGAACCACGGAGGAAGAAAGAUGACGAUGAAGCCCCACGCAAAAAGAAAAAAACUCAACAAAUGAAAGUUGCACCAGCCCAACCCCCAGCAGCACCUGUUGCCCAGCCAAUGGCUCAGCCCCCCUAUGCAACCUGUUGCAGCUGCUCCUGCUGCCCCAUCCACUGCCAUCCCGGAACAGCCCCCAAACCAGAUUCUCUUCAUCACAAACCUACCGGAGGAAACCAACGAAAUGAUGUUGUCCAUGUUGUUCAAUCAAUUUCCUGGGUUCAAAGAAGUUCGUCUUGUCCCGGGCAGACACGACAUUGCCUUCGUGGAAUUUGAGACUGAUGUUCAGGCUGGUGCUGCUAAAGAGGCUUUGCAAGGAUUUAAGAUUACACCAAGUAAUGCUAUGAAAAUUUCAUAUGCUAAGAAGUAAAACAUCUUGAAUAUUUGACACCAUUCUGCAAUGGGACAAUGACCUUUCUGACAAGACUUUCUUGGAUUGUUGCCUAUGUGAAUGUACAUUCCCACAUAAACCGGCUAUAUGGAGUGUUUCAAACCCUGACUGAGGAGUAGUCUGGGGUCAGACAAGUGGGUUGAUGGAUGUUAUUUCUGUCUCCAUUACAAGUGUGGAAGGAUGUGAGGUUGGUAUGUGAGAGGUACAGUACAGACAUUUUACUUGUCUGUUGUCAGCAUUGCACCUUGGUUGGCGUCUGCUGGCAUUGCACACCCCGCCUUCAGAUGCCAGCAUUGCACUCCAGCUGACAACCAGAUGUUUCAUGUUAUUUUAUCAUUUAUCAUCAUCAAUAAAACAUUUUUCACAAUUU